AUGGUGUCGAAUGCUAUAGCAGUAUACUGCGGGUCGUCCAUGGGAACUCACAGAGCAUUCAGUGCUGCAGCUAUCUCUGUAGGACACGCCAUUGCUGCGCAAAACCGCCAACUCGUCUAUGGCGGUGGAAAUCAAGGACUCAUGGGAGUCGUUUCUGGCGCAGUCAUACAAUGCGGCGGCAAGGUUACCGGAGUGGUCCCCUAUGCUAUGGUUGGAGGAGAAUCGGAGAAGGCUCCGGGUGUUAGUGUCGACCUGAACGAGGUGGGACGUGAACGAAUCGAACACGUCGUGGUCAAUUCAAUGCAUGAGCGCAAAGUUGAGAUGGCCCAAAGGGUCGGUGGAUUCAUUGGAUUACCAGGAGGAUUCGGAACAUAUGAAGAAGUGCUUGAAGUGACAACCUGGACACAACUAGGCAUUCACAAUAAACCUGUGGUCCUGGUUAAUGCUCUUGGUUUCUACGAACCUCUUCGUCAGUUGGUGGACAAUGGCAUCAAGUUUGGAUUUAUCAAGCCUAACUCCAGGGACCUCAUCAUCUUCGUUGACGGCCCCAGCUCGUAUGAUGACCACGAAACUUUCGAUUGGGGAACAGCCGCACUCGCAGCCUUGAAUACUUGGAAGCGCGAUGCUGAGGACGCUCUGUUCAAAUGGACGGAAACCAAAGAGAAAAAACAGGUAGAUCCGUUGCAGUCGACAUAG